AUGGCUCGAAAGAUCACUACCUUUCAAGAUAGAACAAUUUUGAACGAGGAGAAUUUAAAAUUCUUGAAAGAAAAUAUUGAUGCAAAGAAAUCUACUUUAAGUUUUUCAGAAUUAUGGAAACAAAUAUCAAAUAAUCUUACCACAAUAUUAGUCCCAGAAGACGUUGAUAUUCAAAUAAGAUCCCUAGCAUUGGGGUCUAUGAGUUCCGAAAUAUCACCAAAGUUUCAAAUGGCUCUAUUGCUACUCAUUAAGGAGCAAUUAAAUGUCAAAAGAAUCUCAUUGUAUGACCCGGAAUUUAAUGAUUUAGAUAGGGAACUAAUGACAAAAGAAUAUGACAUGACUGUUGAUGAAAUCGAUCCCUUCAGUAAGGAAAAUAACGAAAAUGUCAUAUAUUAUCUCCCUCAUAUACCGCUAGAAGUUUUGGAGGGGCUCAUUGCCGAGAAGCAUCCUUCGUACAUGAUAUGUAACAAUAUAGAAAAACAUUUAUCAAGAUUCACUGUGAAUGAGAUUAUCACAAAGUUCCCUGAACUCAGUCUAGUAUAUUUCAAGUUAGAGCCCGAUGUGAAUGAUGAAUUUACUGUCGUUGAGAAGAAAAAGCCUCGGAAUAGGAAGAAAAAGGGCCAGUCUCAAAGAUUGGCACAAGUGAUGGAGGAUGAAAAAACUCAAAAACAAAGAUUUCUAGACUCAGUCAAGGAAAUCUAUAAAGAAAUAGAUGUUAUGUAUAAAAUAGAAGCAUCGGACGUUCCAGCAGAAGCAGGCAACAGCUUCAGCGACUUAUUUCUCUUGAAAUGUCGCCAAUAA